AUGGCUACCGCAGCUCUGGCGAUUCACGAUGAGCGAUUGAACUCCCGAGUGGACUCCAUGAUAAAAGAUGGUCUCAUUCAAGAGUUGUUGGAUUUUCACGACAAGCACAACAAACAGAGGAUACAGGAUGGAAAUCCACCAGACUACACAAAAGGCGUCUUCCAAACGUUAGGAUUUAAAGAAUUCCAUGAGUAUUUAAUGCUAUCUGAAGAGGAAAGAAAUAGUGAGGCAGGGAAAAAAAUACUCGAACAAAGUAUAGAAAACAUGAAAAUGGGUACUAGAAGGUACGCCCGUCGGCAGAACAAGAUGGUUAGAGGAAGAUUCUUGGAACAUCCUACAAGAGAAAUACCACCUAUUUACGAACUUGAUACUACAGAUGUAUCAAAAUGGGACAAAGAAGUCAAAAGCAAAGCUAUACACAUUAUAGAAAGUUAUCUAAACGAAUCCCCUUGUGACUUUCAACCAUUAAAGUCGAACAUAGAUGACGCUCUACGGGAGGCUGAUGGAAACUCACAUAACUUCUGUGAAGUGUGUAACAGAAUAAUCAUAGGAGAUAAUACCUACGCCAUUCAUCUCAAAUCUUUUAGACAUAAGAAGGUACUGAAGAAAAAACGCCAGGAGGAGGAACGCAAGAAAAAGGAAGAAAUCAAUGAGCCUGCUGUUUAGUUAUGGACUGAUUUGAUGUAAAUAA